AUGUGGAUCGAAGGCUAUCAAGACAUGGGUCGGGCGUUGCAUCCUGAUCUUCUUCUCGGCAGCGCUUCUGACCGAUAUGGAAAGGCAGAUUGUCCUGUUGAGCAGAUGCCAGAUGGAUCUAGUGCUCCCGGCCCUCUUCCAAUACUCGUUCCCGGUGCGCAGCAAGUCAAGCUGACAUGCAUCAGAAAGAAGGCCAUGACUGUCGACAUCUUGAUCAGCAAGGAAAGCUCCGAGGCAUCCGUUGACCCUGCGAAUCAGGCGAACUUUGUCAUCCCGACAAAAAACUUGCCCUACAGUGUGCAGAUUCCCUUUGAGACGGAAUUCGCUGUUAUCAGUCCUGGCCGUGCAUGGUGUUGUUUUGACAAGUCCUUGAGCCGUGGCGAGAACAGAGAGGAGUUCAAGAUUCGCAUUGAGCCACAGUUCAUGUUCGCAUCCAUCAAGCGCCAAGCAGUGGAAGACUUCUUCUCGGGUGGACAUUUCAGGUUGCGAAAUGGCUUCUUCACAGUUCUGGUUCUCGCCCCCUUCCGGAGUUCUUGUCCGACCAUCCCGCUAGCUGGGCCACAUGCAUCUGCCUGUGUUCUGAGUGCCUGCAAGUUUUCGCACCAUGGCAGCUUGCAGCCGAUGAUGGUGACUGACAGAGUCCGCAAGAUUAACACGGCCGACUGGCAAGAUGGCUGUGACGACUACGAGUCCCUGCAGUUGCAGAUGGCAGAGAACACCAUCUACACGUUCGCUCGUGUCAAGGAGUUCAAGGAUGCAAUUCUGGGCGGCAGGAACGAGUGGAAGAACUUGCCACUCCUGCUUGACAUGAUGAGAAGCCGGCUAGAACCGCACUGGGUGUCAACAAUGUCCAAAGUGCUGGCAGCAAUCAUCAACAGGAAGCCUGAGAGUGUCAAGUCCCCCUUCGAGUCGCUGAUCAUGUACCUGGAGCUGGCUAUGAAAAGGAGAUCUCCUGAUUCGUUGGACUAUCGCGUCCUCACGCCACUGGUCAGUGUUUACGCAGACUUCCUGGAGGCCGGGUGGAGCCCGACGUACGAGGAAAUGGAGGCUCGACCCAAGUACGGAGCCACCAGACUGAGAGAUCCGCAAAAUGCAGGAGCCAAGAACUCUGACCUUUGCCUUUUUGCGCUGCUGUUAGUCAACUCCUCGGACCCCUUGAUGCGGGCAGCGUGCAUCAGGGCCAUCCGCGUGCUAGGCGGUCGAACUGCCCGAAAACAGCCGAUCCUGCACAUCACUCGCUUCGUCAACAUCUGCAUGCUGCCACCAGAUCCGAAGACGCAAAAGCCGUAUCAAGGCCUUCCACCACAGGGCCUGUCCAUAGCUCUACCAAGGAAGUCCUUUCAUUUGGCGCCAUUUGCAUAUUCAAUGUGGCUGUACCUGCAAGAUGAAGUGGUCCGAAGUGAAUCAGGCACCAGGAUAUUCCACAUUGUGAGCCAUGCCACGCCCGCCAGCACUGUGCCGCAAAUUCAGCUCUUUCUCGCUCCAGGCCCCGGCAAGGACUACCACAAUUGCCGAUUCGAGGUCCGUCUCGGAGACAGUCACUUCGUGCCUGACGAGGGCACGGGAGGCCUCAAGCGACAUGCCUGGGUGCACGUUUGUUUAGUGUUGGGUCGGCGCAACAUCAUCCUUUACAUCAACGCAGAGGUGGUCAUGCAGAAGGAGACAUCAGGAAUGCAGCAAUUCUCAAACCUUCGUGGUCCACAGCGGGGCACGUGCUAUGUUGGGAUACCGCCUCCAGAUCUCGUCCCCUACCACGCAAUGAACUGGUUCUUUCCCGGUUACAUUUUUGAGCUGGCCUAUCACGAUGAAGGGCUCAGCGCUUCCCAAGUUGAAGUCCUUCACGCAGGAGGACGUCGCUCGCUUCCUCUGAAUCUAUCCAGCUUCGAAUCUGCUGAAGACACGGAGUCUUGCUGCAUCUAUCCUUAUAUCAAAUGGAAGCCCACCCCGUUGCAUUGGUUAGUCACCAGCGACAUUUGGGAGAAACUCGAAGGGCCAAUCCUGACGUUGCUGGCCUCGAAGGACCACUUGAUGAAUGAGACAGAAGUUGAUGAGUUUCAGCUGGAAGCAGUGCGUGCCCUGCGCAGUGCAGCAAGCCACUUGCUGGCGGCCUGCUUCGACCUGGAUGAAGUUUGCAGCCGACGGCUCCGACAGUGGGCAGUGAACUUUGCACAGGUGAAGCUGCAAGUGCCGCCGGUCAUCAAACUGCACUUGAAUGACGAAUCCUUUUCCUUCGAGUUCAAGCUGCGAUUUCGACAGUACAGCAACUUGGAGGAGGGAGCCAAAGUCCAGACCAUUAUGGCAAACGUCAAUGAGAAGCGAGCCAUGGCAUCAACUCAAGCCGAUGCCAGAGAUCAGUUCAGAAUAUGCAUCGAGAGCUUGCCGAGCACUACGAACGAUCCAGAGAAGGAAGGCAUGUAUACUGGCUCUGACUCGAAGAACUGCUGGUUCCUCACCUUUGUGUAUUUUCAAAACGUCACGCAGCUGAAGUUGCCUCCUCAGACUGGGCCUGAUGGUUGGCUUCACUGCACUAUUGGCUACGUGGACGGGAAAACAGAGCUGGCUGCUGCCUGGGAUGGCGAGGAGCCGCGGAUCACCAUCGAGAGCUACACCAAGGACAUGUUUCGCACAGAGGCGUAUCUGGGAUGCGAGGUGCAGGUCACCGGAAGUGUGCAAAAGAUUUGCAACCAGCUUCUUUGCGACCUUGCCUACGUUCGGGUUUGGGACAAUUACGAGCCUGCAGACAAGCUCAACAAGGAAUUUGCAGAUGCCGGGGCACCCAACGCAAUGCUCGUAGCCGGUAACCAAGCGGUCUUCGUCUGCCUGAUGCCCAUCAUUCACGAGGACCGCGGUUACAUAUUGGACGCCGUGCCUAUGUCGGCGGAUGUUGGCCCAACAGUGACAACAACUGCGGCCGCUCAAAAGUCAGGACCAAACACAAAGGUGUUUCCAUCCGUUCGAUCUCGAUACAACGUGUCCAUGCAAUGGCCAGGAUGUCUCUUCUGCUCGCUGGACUACGUGCCGACCUUUACAGCACCUCGUGCAAUAUCCGAUGGGCUUGUACUGCAAGAUGGGCUGUUGCCUCACAGCUGCGCAGUGCUUCGGGCAAAUUCUUCUGCCGGGAUGGCAUUGCCGGUGGGAACGGGCAGUUGGCCUUGCACGCAGCCAUGCUUGUCAGAGCGCUGCGCGUAUCAGUUUCAGUGGCUGAUCCAUCAUCCUUCUUCCAUCAAUGGCUCGAUCAAGAAAGAGCAGUGUGCAGUAGGCUUGCUAUUGCAGAAUGACUUCUCAGAGCUGUACCGUGCGAGCUGUGCGACACUGGAUGUCACACUCGACACGAAGAUGGCCCAGCAAACACCUGACAAGCGACUCAACGACUUGGACGAGGCCAAGGAGGCGAUUAAGAUCAGCUUGACUCGGCGAGGCUGCAUCCUGAAAAUGCAGCUGCUUUUUGCGGACUCUGCUCUGUGGAUCUCUGUGUUCGUGAACGAUAGGCUCAUCGAUGCCCAAAGCCUUGUCCUCCCACCGCAGUCCGUUCUCGUUCCAUUUGUGCACAUGGGCUUGGCUGGCCAGAUGUUUCAGUCGCUUCCCAAUCUCUUCUCCAGCUUGACGUGUGACCACUUCAAGUUCCAGCUCCCUGGAAAGAAGGAGCGGCUCAGCCUGCUGCCAAUCUCCCAUGUGACGUGGCCCAGCUACGAGCACGGAGUCACGCCUCCAGCAGUGUCAACCUCCAAUUCGAUCUAUGCAGCCUACUGCAAUUUUCGGGACUUUGAAGCGGACGUAUUGCCCAAUCCAAACAACGAUGUGGUGCUCGAGCGCAUCAACAUCCCCUUGCUGGAUCCGCGGGCCGAGAAGACUCGCGCACUUCUGGAAGCAAUCCUGGAGGGGGCCCUGCGGGACAAAGACCGAGGGGAAGUCCGUUUUCCAGAAGACAUGCUGCUGCUUGCGGCGAUGUGCUCAUCCGAGCAGAUAUGGAGGUUUGUGGCGCGCAAGCGCAGGGACUCGGAACUUUAUCUUGCAAUGGAGAGCCUACUCAGCAGUCAAGCGACGUUCAUGGGACUUGCAGAAGCAACAAAGCGGAAACGCUACGCAUUGCUGGCUUUGGGCAUCUUGCUGCGCUUUCCUCAUUCCUACGAGGCAUUGUUCGAGAUGGGUUUCUUGCAAGUGAUGGCCAGAUUUCUGUCGACUGGCCUGCCGUCAGCGCAUGAUGAGGCUUCAGACACGAGCGGGCUCACUGCACGUCUGAGCACACGAGCGUUGCGUGUGGACUCCUGGAAGAAUCGGCUGCAGGCAGCCAGGAACAUGUACUCCCUGCUUGGUACUACUUCGCAUCUUCUCUCUCCUGUGGAAGCUCCAACCUAUGUCGAUACCUUCAGCGAGAUGCGCUCCGUGGUGGGGAGCAGUACACAAGAGCGCUCGGAAGUCAGCUACGUCUUGCAGGAAUGUCAGGAUGCAACAGCUGCCGACCUGGGCAAGUUCACGGAUGCACUUCGAACCUACUCGGCUGGGACGGCGGGCUUGCGGUCACCAGGGUCUCCUGACAAUGCAUCGGUCAUCCUCAGCGUCCUGAACACAUUGACCCACAUGAUUGGACGUGAUGAGUAUCCUACACGCGCCGCUGAGAGUGAGCACCAGGCUCAGCGGUUGAAAAUGCAUGCAUCCAGCAACAUUUACGAGUGUCGCAUUCCGGAUGCAUCAAACAUUGUGAUUGCGUUCGACAACAUUCCAAUUGGGAAUGGCUCCGUCGAGAUUCUUGAAGGUGGCACUCGACGAGGCAUGUGGUCUCGCUUCUCUGAUGAUGCCGAAGUCUUCAAGGUCACGAUCCAAUCUGCGGCUCGGCACAGAUGCGUUGAUGAGCUGGCGAAGGACACUUUCCAGUGGCGAUUCAAGUACGAGUCCGAGGAGAUCCUGAAUUCCGUGCAGGAUCACCUUGAGGACUCGGUGGAUCGCGAGAAUCGGGGGUACCGAUUCGUGGUUCGACCUGUGUGGGACACGGAUGAUGCCCAGACGAUUUUCGCCCGACGCCAGCUCAUUCUGGACAAGCCAGGUUUCGUGAAGCUGCUCACCAGCUUGCAUUCGCAAGCCAAAGGCCUCGGUGCCGGUGGCGAGAAGGUGCAAAACGAAGUCGAUUUGAAAGUCGUGAUGCUGCUAUCCUUCCUCGCACAGCGAGGUACAAAGCCUCCACAUCCAGCUAUGACCACUGAAGACCCCGCCGUGGAGAAGAUUAUUUUCCAGAUUAUGUUCCAGCUCCUGGAGUCCCGGCCAAACAUUGAGCGACAGUGUGGAGUUGGUGGGAAAAGGCGAGAGCUCUUGGACCGGCAGCACAUCUCGGUUGCUCGAUUCUACCACGGAAUCUCAUCAAGUGAAGAAGGGCGUCAGCACUUUGCUUACCACCAGGAGGCCAUCAUGAAGAUCGUGGACAUUGCGAACAACAACACGCAGGGUGCUUCCAAGCCCGACUGCCAGCCUGCCUCGCAUCAAGCUCUCUGCUACGAUGGUAAUUACAUCAUCCGCUGCCUGACCAACUUCUCCAACAAGCCGUCAAAGUGGGCCCUGACAACUUCUCUCAACCUGCUACGACCAAAGCAGCAUGCUGCCGGCUGGAUGUGUGAAUUCGCUCGUGGAGAGGUCGUGUGGAGCCUUUCGCUUCAUGUCUUCCUGAUGGAUGAACACCAGGCUGACAUGCCUGCAAUCGUGUUCUACAAGGGUACAUCGCCAUCGGAGGUUCAGCUUGCUGUCGGGGUGGGCCAUGCCACGACCGUUUCGACCGAAACGAAGGUAAUACCGGGCUGCCAUCCAAUCAUCGUGAGGUACACGCAUGAUGGUCGUUUGAAGACGCUGACAAUCCCGAGCAAGUUCGUGGAAAUCUAUCGCUGGGCCCACCUGGUUGUGGCGAUAGACAGCGUCAACAUGGCUGUGGUCAUGAACGGUGAGCUCAUCUACACACACACCCUGCCAUGCGAGUUGAUGGUGAACUUCCAACCGGGGCAUCAGGACACCUUCCUCGGCGCCCCUCCCUGGGAGUACGGCAGGUCCACCACUGCAUCAGCGUGGGUCUACCAGCUCAUGCUGGUGGGUGGCAGAGCCAUGGAGCCACAGCAUGCAAAAGAGGUACAGGCUCAGGAUGAACUGAAGGCCUGGCAAGACAAUGGCACCGACAUGCAGCAUUUCGACUACAGCCGCAUUGGCCUCACUGGAUCGGACGAUCUUCCGGACCCCGUGCACUUGCCUGGCUUGCCCGUGCAGAUCUUUGAUGCCCGGUUGAAGGUGGCAUCCGAGGAGGGUAUAGAAGUGCUCUGCGACCUGCUGAAGGAUCCGCUCGAGGCACAGAAGCAAGCAGCAGGCCAAGCCCUUCGAAAUUUGGCAGAUCCUGCCGUUGUGACCAACAUGCGGAAGGUUGUAAGUGUUCUUCUGCGGAAAUCCAUAGAUCCGGAUACUGGGGCGGACGCCAAGAAGAUGGACAACGCGCGGGAGGCGGCUACGUUUGAGGCCGUGGCCGAGUUGGCAACAAACCUCCUCACGUGGACUCCGCCUCCGGGCGAGGAGGGAAUUGAUCGAGAGGCACGCUUGGAGCUAAUCAAGCACAUUGUCAAGCAGCACUCGGAUUCUGCAAUCACUGAGGCUCGUGCCCCCAUUGUGGUACAUCAGCUGCUCAUGCUGAUCCACUUCCAAGAGAACGUUCAGUGCUUGGCGGAUCCGUCCGUUGGAGCGAUGAGCACAUUCUUCCGCUUUCUGACGUCCAACUUCACGACAGUAAUUCGCACGCAGGAUCUGUUGAUCAAGUUGCUCGCCGGGCCAUCACUCGAAUUACGCCAACACUGGGCCGAGGAAAUUUGCCAGGGCGAGAAGUUUCAGCGGUUCAUGCAGCAGAUCAUCAGACGUAAAGAUGAUCGCCGAAUCAGCGGACAGUACCGUGUACUCAUGAACUUUGUGCUGCAGCAAUGCAAUCAGCGACGUCUUAUGUCCACGCUAUGCGCCAUCCGUGACGAUGACCUUUCCGUGGAUGAGCAAGUCUUGGUGGCUCAGGUGCUCUACAGCUGUCUUUCCAAUGUCCAGCCUUCAGUGGCCACAAAGCCCAUCCAAGCCCCGGACACACUUCGGAAGGCUCGAGCGAGCGAAACAGGUCUCGGCCAAAUCAUGAAGCUCCGAGUGCCCGGAGCGCCCGGGCUGACCAUCAAAGCGGUGCCGCAGGUUGGCCGGCAGGCGGGCUCGGGGGAAACCCGCCUGAUCGAUUGGCAGGAGGAGCCAAGAGUCGAGGACCCCAACGAGAUCAUUGUUUGGCUGGCCAAAACGGAAUCUGCGUUGCACCAGCCGGUGCACAAGCGCGAGGAAUGCAGACGGAUUCUGGCUCACACCAGGCCUUUGAAGAUGGAACUGGCAGAAUCAGAAGCUCAGAAGGCUGAAGACAAGGCACACUUCAAGGAGCGCUACAGGAACGGCACGACCGAGUCCAUGGAGGUAUUUCAGUUGGACUUUCAAGAUACAAUUUACUACCAGCUGCAGUUUAUGAGCGGCAAAAGGCUUGAUCCCUUCUUGGAAAAGGAUGACAUCGAAAUGGUAUCUGAUGAACCUCCGAAAGUUGUGAUACAGGGCUUGACGCAGGGCAUGGUCUCCCAAGAUACGUCCAACGACAAGAGCAAAGGCAAUACUUCCUUCGCUUUUGAGAAAAGUGCAGGCAGGAACGAAAGCAUCAUUGAGUACAUCCUGCGCUUGGUGGAAUCGAUCGAAUCACGCCUCAGGAGAGAGCUCGAAAGUGACAAAGACCAGGUCGAUCAAGACCAGGAAGACGAGAAGCAGGACGACUCCGGGAAUGCCGCAAAAGAAGAUCCAACUGGUAUUGUCAGGUUCAUGAGCAGCUUGCUGAAGUGGACCCGUGUGGCAAAAGCAACAGCCAGAAAUCUGGACAGCUUGGGCGAUGGGCAGGUUGCAGCGGGGGGCCAGGACAUUGAUGCGGCGGCAACCAAAAACGAUGCAGAUCAAACAAACGUGAUUGCCAGCAUGAGCUAUGUCCGUUUGAAUAGCCAGCUGCGACCUAUCCAAAGAAUCUUGGCACUUGCUGUGCUAGCGGUUGCCACAAAGCAGCCACAUAAGUUCAGCGAAAGCUUGGCGCGGAUUUUGACUUUGGUUGACAGCUUGGAUCCGACGGUGGCACAGUCCAUGUGCGAUGCGGUGCUGCAGCUCCUGAACAUCCCCAGAAACCUGGCGAGAUUCACCCGCGCAAACGUGGAGAAGGUGCUUUCGUCUAUGACACAAGCUUUCUACGUGCCGGAGAAAGCAGAGGCAUCCCUUCUGUCCUUCUGCAACAUCCUCACGAAGUGGCUGAAGCCAGAAGCGAAGGACAUCGCGGAAAGCAAGGAGCCGGCAUCCAGCAGGAUUAUCAGCCCCCUGCUGUCCAUCCUCCAGAAACCCGAGACAUCGCAAGAGCAACGAGCCUUCAUCUUCAACAUCAUCCGGCAAGGGAUCCGCUACGAGAUCGUUUCAGCCGUCUCUUUCACCUCCUCCUCAACACAGAAGAGCACGAAGAGCAAGGGCUCCGGUGCCCAGCAACUGCUGCAGGUUCUCAGACCCUUGGAGAAAUCCGUGGACAGACUUAGUGAGCUCGAGAACUUUCACGACUUGUUCCGAGAUCUCUCUGUUGCAUUCAGCUCUGCAUCCGUGCUGAAGAAGGUGUGCCUGGUGUCUCAUCCUGAAGGGCACGCAAUGCUUAUCGUGGAGGAUGUGGUUCCGAAGCUUAUGCGGGUCAUUGGAGAGAUCAAAGACUUUCUACCUCGCUUCAAGGAUGCAACGGCCUUCAAGCUGGACACACCAUCUGUUUGCAUUGAUCCACAAACUCGCAAAGUGAUUGCAAACAAAUACCUCUUGCUGCCUUAUGUGUUCAACACGCGGCUUUUCCGUGAGCUUUGCGGUGCCAUUUCUAACGUUGGCCAAUGCCUCUCCAAUCUUCAGUCUGAUCUUCUCGAGAACACCAACUGCGUACCCAUCCUGCAGCUCUUGGCAUAUGAUCUCGGCGAUGGGCUACGCGACCUCUACAACAUGCUGAAAGAUGUUGAGGCUCUGAGUCUGUGGUGUCAGCGUCAUAACAGCUACGAGAUGCUGCGAGCAACGCAAGCGUCAGCGAAUUUCACCUUGCUGCGGGCGCCUUGA